CGGGCCGUCUGGCAGAGUCCUGAGCGCAGCCCGCGGUCAACUAGAGCCGCCAACUCCAAGUCCCCGCGAGGCUCCCCGCGCGCACGGCUCCCCCGCAGCCCCCAGCGCCAUGAGGCCACCGCCCGCCGCCUGCUACCCGGGGUUCGUCCCGCAGAACUCCUGGAGGGGCUUGUUGUCGCUCCUCCUGGUCCUCUUUGUGGGCAUGGGUCGUGCCCAGAGGGACCCCGCGGGGAGAUACGAGCUGGCCGGCAGAGACGCGGAUCGGCUGAGGCGCCCCGGGGGCAGCCACCCCGGAGCGGCUGCGGCGAAGGUGUACAGUCUGUUCCGGGACCAGGACGCAGCGGUUCCGGGCUUGCUGCCCGCCGAACGCGCCCAGCCGAGCUGGGGGAGCCCCAGGAAGGCCGGCGAGGCAGAGGCGGGGAGGCCGCGCCGAGUCCAGUCACCUGCGCAGCCGCGGAGAAGUAGACCCCCGGGCCAGCAGCAGUCGGCAACCCGGCCCCGGGCCGCCCCCGCUCUACCGCGUUCUCGGACCCCGCAGCGGCCCGGGGCUGCGCCCCCAACCCCGCCUCGAGGGCGGCUCACGGGAAGGAACGUCUGCGGGGGACAGUGCUGCCCAGGAUGGACGACGGCGAACAGCACCAACCACUGUAUCAAACCUGUGUGCCAGCCGCCCUGCCAGAACAGGGGCUCCUGCAGCCGACCCCAGCUCUGCGUGUGCCGCUCAGGCUUCCGCGGAGCCCGCUGCGAGGAGGUCAUUCCAGAGGAGGAAUUCGACCCCCAGAACUCCAGGCCAGCACCCCGACGCUCAGCUGAGGGUUCUUCCAACCUGCGCAGGAGCAGUGCGGCCAGGGAAGACACUGUGGCCACAAGCCGGCCAUUGACACCACAGCUGUCACUGGCCAGGACCCUGAGUGGGCUCAGCCAGACUCGACAUGUCCAGCAGCAGGUGGGGCUCUCCCGGACUGUUCGGCGUUAUCCAACCGCCGCUGCCAGCAGCCAGCUGACUUCCAAUGUCCUGCCUGCAGGAGCAGGCCCUGACCAGAGGCAUGGCACCCACCAGGCAGCAUAUGUGGGCCACCUCUCAACCCCUUGGGGGCUGAACCUCACGGAGAAAAUCAAGAAGAUCAAGAUAGUCUUCACGCCCACCAUCUGCAAGCAGACCUGUGCCCGAGGGCACUGUGCCAACAGCUGUGAGAGAGGCAACACCACCACCCUGUACAGCCAGGCUGGCCAGGAGCAUGACCCCAACUCUGGCUUCCGCAUCUAUUUCUGCCAGAUCCCCUGCCUGAACGGAGGCCGCUGCAUCGGCAGGGAUGUGUGCUGGUGCCCCACCAACUCCACCGGGAAGUUCUGCCACCUGCCUGCCCCGCAGCUGAACAAGAAGCCUCCAGAGGCCUUCCUGUUGGAAGCCCCCCUGAAGCAGUCGACCUUCACCUUGCCUCUCUCUAACCAGCUCGCCUCGGUGAACCCCUCCUUGGUGAAGGUGCACAUCCGCCACCCGCCUGAGGCCUCUGUGCAGAUCCACCAGGUGGCCCGUGUGCGGGGCGAGGCUGAGGAGGCCCAGGAGGAGAACAGCGUGGAGACCAGACCCUCGGGCCAGCGCCCCUCCAAUGCUGGCCACAACCACUGGGACAGCAACAGCAUCCCCACCCGCUCUGGAGAACCCCUUCAGCCACUGCCUGCUGCAGUGCCCAGGCCUCGAGGACUGCUCGGCCGUUGUUACCUGAGCAAGGUGAACGGACAGUGUGACAACCCCCUGCUGGAGCUGACAGCCCAAGAGGAUUGUUGUGGCAGCGUGGGAGCCUUCUGGGGGGUGACGUCGUGUGCCCCGUGCCCACCCAGACCAGCCUCUCCCGUGAUUGUCAAUGGCCAGGUGGAAUGUCCACUCGGCUACAGGAGACUGAACCUCACUCACUGCCAAGAUAUCAACGAGUGCUUGAUUCUGGGCCUCUGCAAGGACUCGGAGUGUGUGAACACCAAGGGCAGCUACCUCUGCACCUGUAGACCAGGCCUCAUGCUGGAUCCAUCGCGGAGCCGCUGUGUGUCGGACAAGGCCAUCUCCAUGCAGCAGGGACUAUGCUACCGGUCACUGGGGCCUCGAACCUGCACCUUGCCUUUGGCCCAGCGGAUCACCAAACAGAUAUGCUGCUGCAGCCGUGUGGGCAAAGCAUGGGGCACUAAGUGUGAGAAGUGUCCCCUGCCUGGCACAGAGGCCUUCCGGGAAAUCUGCCCAGCAGGCCAUGGCUACACCUACUCAAGCUCGGACAUCCGCCUGUCCAUGCGGAAAGCCGAGAAGGAGGAACUAGGCAGGCCCUCCCGGGAGCAAGGGCCAGAGAGCAACGGGACCCUACCCUGGCCAGCCGAGAGACAGCCACUCCGAGCGGCCACUGCCACCUGGCUUGAGCCUGAAACUAUCCCUGACAAGGGUGACUCUCAGGUGAACCAGGUCACGACCGAUGUCACCCACACACCCAUCAGGGUCCCAGGAGGCCUCCUUGGAAGACUGACGCCACCACCACCCAGACAGGCAAUUGCUGAGACCUGGGAAGACGAGCAAGUGCCCUCCCCGACCAACGUCCUGGCCACCCUGGGCCCCCCAGACAUCGAUAACUGUGCUGCAGGAGCCACUAACAUCUGUGGGCCUGGAACUUGCGUGAACCUCCCAGAUGGAUACAGUUGUGUCUGUAGCCCUGGUUACCGGCUCCACUCCAGCCAGGCCUACUGUACAGAUGACAACGAGUGUUCGAGGGACGCCUGUGCAGGAAAAGGGCUUUGUGUCAACAGCGUGGGCUCCUACUCCUGUUUUUGCUACCGUGGCUAUGUGCUGACCACCUCAGGGACCAUGCAGGAGUGCCAAGAUAUAGACGAGUGUGAGCAGCCAGAGGUGUGCACCAGGGGGCGGUGCACCAAUACUGAGGGUUCUUACCACUGUGAGUGUGACCAAGGCUACAUCAUGGUGAGGAAGGGACACUGCCAAGAUAUCAAUGAAUGUCGUCACCCUGGCACCUGCCCCGAUGGGAGAUGCGUCAACUCCCCCGGCUCCUACACUUGUCUGGCCUGUGAGGAGGGCUACAGGGGCCAGAACGGGGCCUGCGUAGAUGUGAAUGAAUGUCUGACCCCUGGGGUCUGUGCCCAUGGGAGGUGCAUCAACCUGGACGGCACCUACAGAUGCUCUUGUGAAGAGGGUUACGAAGUCACCUCAGACGGGAAGAGCUGUGAAGAUGUUGACGAGUGUGCCAGCCGGGCCGCCUGCCCUGCCGGGCUCUGUGUCAACACCGAGGGCUCCUUUACCUGCUCAGCCUGUGACAGCGGAUACUGGGUGAAUGAAGCAGGCACGGCUUGUGAAGACCUGGACGAGUGUGCCUUCCCGGGGGUCUGCCCCUCAGGAGUCUGCACCAACACGGUGGGCUCCUUCCUCUGUAAGGACUGUGAUGAAGGCUACCAGCCCAGCCCCCUGGGCCAUACCUGUGAAGACAUCGAUGAAUGUGAAGACCCCCAGAGCAGCUGCCUGGGAGGCGAGUGCAAGAACGUGCCUGGCUCCUACCAGUGCCUCUGCCCCCUUGGCUUCCAGCUGGCCAAUGGCACCAUCUGUGAGGACGUAAACGAGUGUGUGGGAGAAGAGUACUGCUCACCGCAUGGCGAGUGCCUCAACAGCCACGGGUCCUUCUUCUGUCUCUGUGCCCCCGGCUUUGUCAGCGCCCUGGGGGACACCAGCUGCCAGGAUGUGGACGAGUGCGCAGCAACAGACCAGUGUCCGGGAGGGCACUGUGUCAACACUGAGGGCUCCUUCAACUGUCUGUGUGACACUGGCUUCCAGCCCUCCCUGGAGAGUGGAGAAUGUGUGGAUGUUGAUGAGUGUGCGGGCUAUGACGACUCCGUGUGUGGACCCUGGAGGUGUGAGAACAGCCCUGGCUCCUUCCGCUGUGUGGUGGGCUGCCAGCCUGGCUUCCACAUGACCCCGAGUGGGGACUGCAUCGACAUAGACGAAUGUGCCAAUGACACCAUGUGUGGGAGCCAUGGCUUCUGCGACAACUCUGAAGGCUCUUUCCGCUGUCUCUGUGAUCAGGGCUUCGAGACUUCACCAUCAGGCUGGGACUGUGUUGACGUGAAUGAGUGCGAGCUGAUGCUGGCCGUGUGCGGGGCUGCGCUCUGUGAGAACGUGGAGGGUUCCUUUCUGUGCCUGUGUGCCAGUGACAUGGAGGAAUAUGAUGCUCAGGAGGGGCGCUGCCGCCCGCGGGCGGCUGGAGGUCAGGGUGUCCCCGAGGCCCCAACAGUGGACCACCCUUCAGGCCCCAUUCGAAUGGAAUGCUACUCUGGGCUGAAUGGCCAGCCACCCUGCUCCAGCGUCCUGGGCCGGAACACCACUCAGGCCGAGUGUUGCUGCACAUGGGGCACCAGCUGGGGAGACGCCUGUGAAUUGUGCCCACCCGAGGACUCAGUGGAAUUCAUUGAGAUCUGCCCCAGUGGCAGGGGCUACAUCCCCGUGGAAGGCACCUGGAUGUUUGGACAGACCACCUACACAGACGCUGAUGAGUGUGUGAUGUUCGGGCCGGAUCUCUGCAGGAAUGGCCAGUGCCUCAACACAGUGCCCAGCUACAUCUGCCUGUGUGAUCCUGGCUACCACUAUGAUGCCGCCAGCAAGAAGUGUGAGGAUCACAAUGAGUGUCAGGCCAUGGUCUGUGAGAACGGCGAGUGUGUGAACACAGAGGGCUCCUUCCACUGCUUCUGCAGUCCACCCCUCGUCCUGGACCUCAGCCAGCAGCGCUGCGUGAAUGGCACCAGCGACGAGGAUGACCUCCCUGACCAUGAUAUCCACACGGACAUCUGCUGGAAGAAAGUCACCAACUAUGUGUGCAGCCAGCCCUUGCGUGGGCGCCGCACCACCUACACAGAAUGCUGCUGCCAGGAUGGGGAAGCCUGGAGCCAGCAGUGCGCCCUGUGUCCCCCCAGGAGCUCUGAGGUCUAUGCUCAGCUGUGCAAUGUGGCCCGCAUCGAGGCAGAGCGGGAGGCUGGAGUCCACUUCCGCCCAGGUUAUGAAUAUGGCCCUGGCCCAGAUGACCUUCACUACGGCCUCUAUGGCCCUGAUGGAGCCCCCUUCUAUAACUACUUGGGCCCUGAGGACAGCCUCCCUGAACCAGCCUUCCCUGACAUGGCCAGCCACCUAGGGGACCACACACUUGCCUUUGAAUCACCCCUACAGCCUCCAGAAGCCCAGCCCCGCUACGUGGCCAGCCUGCCAGGUCCGUAUUGCUGUAAAAGAGGAGAGGAGGGCAGGGAGGAUGUUUCACUUCCUUCUGUUACAUCAUGUUGCCAGCAGGCUGAGGACUACCAGGCUGGCUUUGAAGGGCUCCGGGCAGAGGAGUGCGGCAUCCUGAACGGCUGUGAGAAUGGGCGCUGUGUGCGCGUGCAGGAGGGCUACACCUGCGACUGCUUCGAGGGCUUCCAGCUGGACAUGGCCCACAUGGCCUGUGUGGAUGUCAAUGAAUGUGAGGAUUUGAAUGGCCCUGCUGCUCUGUGUGCCCAUGGCCACUGCGAGAACAUAGAAGGCUCCUACCGCUGCCACUGCUCCCCAGGCUAUGUGGCCAAGGAAGACCCCCCACACUGUGCUGCCAGGGAGUAG